UCGAUGUAGAGAGUUUUUCGAUUCUUUAGUUUAUAUAAUAGGAGGGAAGAUCAAUCAAGUUAAUAAAAAAAUCAGUUCUGUUUAUUGUUUAAUGUUCACUUUUCGCUACUAUGAUUUAUAAGAGAAUUCUGAAAGUUCCGAGCGUAAAUAAUAAAAUAAAGAACGUAAGCUUGGAUAAAUGUAAACUUAUUAUUCAUCGAAGAAGAUUCUGAAUGUUUUGAUGACAAGCUGGAUGAAGUUACGUGUGGAACUACCUUUGAGAUUCUACGAAUCAACAAGUCAGUCAUGAAUCCUCAGUUUACUAGAAAUCCAGAAAAUGUGCCAGGGUUGCAGCAACGAUCGUUGAAAGCUGGUCGGAAAACGUUCAAGCAACGCAGAGACUCUCAUGAGCAAGUUGAUUCUCUUCAAGAAAUAAAAGAAAACGCUGCAUCUAAGAGGCUUUCAAGAUCUGAUGGGGAAAAGAACGAUAAUGAGUCAAGGAUAGAGCCACUGAGUAUACCACGUAUUGAUGAAAGCAAUCUUCCUAAGGAACGGCGGCAUGAAUACAAUGAGUUAUCGAAAUUAUUAAGCAAAAUAAAUGCUUUGCAGGAAAAAUCUUUUCGAUUGGCUACUGAAGAGAUUGUUCAGACUUCAGAAACACAAACUAAAGAAUUACAUGAUACCAUAGAUGAAUUAAAAAAAGAGCUGGAAAGUGAACGAAGAAAUAACGAAGAUUUGCGUCAAGAACUUGCCGAAAGCAAACAGUAUAAUCAGCAAGUCCAUGAGGAGAAAUUGUUAGUCAAGGAACUUUUUGGUCUUGAAGUUCUUUCUUCCAGAGCUGUAGAAGAAGGAAUUCGCUAUACGUGUAGAAACACGGGAAGACGUGGACAGUUGGAAUACCAGUUACUUUUAGACAACUUCAAUUUCACGUUUACACCUUGUUUAAAUCCUCAGCACGAUGGCGAAUUGAUGGACUAUUUACCGGAAUACCUUACAGAGGAAAUCAUAUUUACAAAGGAGCAAGGAAAGCUAUUUUCGGCUCGAAUUAUGAAGGCUCUUCAGGAUUAAAUGUCUUUCCAUUAAUAUCAAUAUUUAUGCUAUGCUGCGAUGAGGACUAGCCGCAUUAUUUGAGCGUCAAGUAUCUACUUCCUCAUGUCUAAAGAAAAUAUGUAUCGAGAGAGAUUUUUAAGCUGUAUUUCAAACGGUUUUUUCUGUUAUAUAUCGUAAAAGUAAAGUCGUAUUCAAUCUAAAGUUACAGAGCAUACUUUUGGGUCCAUUCGCGAGCGUUUGAAAUGGCUUGCUGCUCAUUUUCCUUCCAGAUUUUAGCAACAUCAUUAUCCAAAGGGUCAUCUGGAUUCGGUGCCCCCAUUAAGGCUUGAAUAGACAACAAAACUGUACGAAUUUGAAGAGCAGGACUCCAAUCCUCUGUUUACCGUUAGUAAAAAUUCCUCGUAUUACGUUACGAUGUUUUUUUUAAAAAAAAAAAAUCGUAUUCUCAAUUUCCGUACUUUUCAAAGUUGAAAGGCAGAUUCUACCGAGUUUAUCAACGUUGGGAUGAUAGAUUUUAGUCAAGAAACGAACGCUAGGAGGCAUCUAAAAAGUCAGUCAGCACUUUCUGUUUCUACAAUAUCCAUCCUGCAACCAUAUAUAAACCCUGCACAAGAAAAUACUUGUUGCACCUAAGUCUCAGCAGAAUGGGACCGUAUUCUUCCGCAUGAUUCCAACAUACCAUGGGGUAUUCUUCUGGUAAAAACAGCUCCAAGUGGAAUUUUCCGCCAUCAUAUGCAGACUGAUGGGGUCCUUCAAUUGUAAUUUGGAAGUAGCGAAGAUUAUCCUCCAUAGGAGAUGCCUCAAUUCCUGGUGGAGGGUCUCUCGUUAGAGUGUCGAUUUCCUAAUUUUCGUUAGUUCAACCUCCUUUGUAAAUAUUGCUAAUACUUUACCUUAAUAAUGCGUUUAGGAAG